GUUUGCAAUCAGUUCAGUGUGCUGCUUGAUUCACUUUGUGCCUCAAGUGUUUUCACUAUUUGCUGUUGCAUGAGUUAUUUCAGGCAUCAUCAGUUGAACCACUAGCAGAUGGAUAAAUGGCACAAUUUUUGUGCAGCAAUAAAGAACUUUUGCUCUUUAAACAAGGAGAAUGUGAAGGGAACUUCCGCGCUUGGCAGUUUGGUGAUGGUCUCGGGGCGUUCUAUGGACUUUCUCAAAAGAAGCGGAGGAAGGCAAGCCGCUCUCGACCUUGAGAAGGCAGUUAUGGAAGAAGGAAGAGACAUAAUAUUACACCCUUGGAUGAAAAGGAAACUUGAUGUGCGAAAACCAAGGUUUGACAACGUAAACAAGGUGUGGAGAUGCAAGUACUGCAACCAGAAUAGAACCGGGACUGCCUCCCGCCUGAGGGAUCAUUUCGUGAAAGGUGCCUGCAAUAUCACACUUCUGAGAGGGAUAAUCAGUGGAGACGAGUUGCUACGGAGGGAGCAAGGAAGAGAUGCCGCCAUUGCAGAGCUUGGAGGUGCAGCUACCGGAGCUGGUGGUGAGCUUGAUCUGUCUUCGAGCGAGGAUGAAACCGACAAGGAGGAUGGAGUCACCACUGGUGCUCUCGCCAAGUCCUCGACAACGCAGGCCAAGGAUGACUCCGAGUUUCGGACUCUGACUCCAAUGGCUGCUGGUUUUCCUCAUAUGCGGUGCAACAUCAUGACUAAACAUGCAGCACAAGGGGUGAAGAAGCACUCCGAGGCUGUGAAAGUAUCUGGGGCAGUUGACAAGAGAAACAAGGUGUGGAGAUGCAAGUACUGCAACCCGAAUGGAACCGGGACUGCCUCGCGCCUGAGGGAUCAUUUCCUGAAAGCUACCGGAGCUGGUGGUGAGCUUGAUUUGUCUUCGAGCGAGGAUGAGAUCGACAAGGAGGAUGGAGUCACCACCAGUGCUCUCGCCAAGUCCUCGACAACGCAGGCCAGGGAUGACUUCGAGUUUCGGACUCUGACUCCAAUGGCUGCUGGUUUCCCUCAUAUGCGGUGCAGCAUUAUGACUAAACAUGCAGCACAAGGGGUGAAGAAGCACUUCGAGGCUGUGAAAGUAUCUGGGGCAGUUAACAAGGGAAACAAGGUGUGGAGAUGCAAGUACUGCAACCAGAAUAGAACCGGGACUGCCUCCCGCCUGAGGGAUCAUUUCUUGAAAGGUGCCUGCAAUGUCACACUUUUGAGAGGGACAAUCAGUAAAGACGAGUUGCUACGGAGGGAGCAAGGAAGAGAUGCCGCCAUUGCAAAGCUUGGAGGUGCAGCUACCGGAGCUGGUGGUGAGCUUGAUCUGUCUUCGAGUGAGGAUGAAAUCGACAAGGAGGAUGGAGUCACCACUGGAGUCGAGAAGGUGCAGAAGACGUCAGAGAAACUGCUUCAACUCUUGAGGUUGAGCGAUGAAGUUGGACCGACGAUCAGGAAGAUCUACGGCGGCAUGGACGAAGCUCUGGAGAGCUUACGCAGCGAGGAGUGCUUCACAAAAAUGGAGAGGGAAGAGCUGGAGGAGAUCAUAAUGCGGAGGUGGAACACUAUGACUUCUCUGCCGCAUUGCGCAGCAAUGCUCCUUGAUCCUCAGUUCAGGGACUCGAGCUUGGAAAAGGCCCCUAAGGUGAUGGAUGGUUUUUGGACGUGGGUGUACUCUUGGGCGAGACCGACUGCGUACAAGGAGUUGGACGAGGAGGUGAAUUGUUGGAUCGAAGGGAUGGGCAAGUUCAUAAACGAGAGGACACUUGCAGAGGCGGACAAUGGCCAACUAGCGAGAUGCUGGAGAAAGUGGUGCAGCGAGUUGCCGAACUUGCAACUUUAUCUGACUCUGACGCCACAGUCUGUCAGAGCUCCCAUUUUCUUUUGUUAGUCGCAGGUUCUGUACUGGCCAAAAACAGCCGAAUAGUUAUAUAUAAUCAUCAUGAAUGUAUGCAGGCUAUAUCCUUGGCGUAUACAGUCAUAUAGUAAUGAUAGGGAAAUGUAUGUAGGCUGCUGUAUCCUGGCCACAGACAGACAUUUACAUAACAGGCAUGAUCCUUCGGUGUCUAACCUACAAAACAGAAUGCCGUCCGUCAUGCGCGCUUGAUUUCGGCCACAUACAGUGCAUCGAACAAAGGACGUGGAACGAGUCAGUUCUCCUCAAGGUCUUCGGCUAAGGGUCUCGCUCCACCGCUCACCACAUGCACAAAAGACAAAAGUUGUAGCCGUGUAUCUUUCCACAUUCUCGCAGAAGAUUCAUUCCCGUUUCACACAUUUGGUGAAUGGCGGAGCGAGGCCGUACAUGCAGUGCCCUACUUGAAAACGUGCUGGAAAGGAUCCGCUUCGAGGAGGGGGGCGCGAUAAAGGCAGGAAGAGAUGAGGAGAAAGAAAGAAUGGUGGAGGGAGAUGUCAAGCAAAAAAGCCGUGAAAGGAACUAAGUCACAGGACUUUUACCAAAAGUAGCUGAGGAAGAGAAAAGACUGCAGGUAGCCAAGAAGCAAACCAACUAGCGGCACGAGUAGGGAGGGCGAUGAAGCAGGGCCAAGGAGAAGGCAGGAAGACGUGAGAUGAAGUGAAGGGAAUGGUGAAGGGAGACGUCAAGUGAAAAAGCAGUGAAAGGAACAAAGUCACAGGACUUUAGCCAAAAGUAGCUGAGGGAGAGAAAAGAGUGCAGGUAGGCAAGAAGCAAACCAAUUAAAGCUAAGAGUAGGGAGGGCGAUAAAAAGGCACCAAGGAGAAUCGAUGUUGAUGUAAGACAGGAGCUUGCCCAAAAGCAACUGAGGGAGAGAAAAGAUUGCAGCUAGGAGAGAAGCAAACCAACUAACACCGCGAGAAGGCAGGGCGAUGGUGAAAGACCGAGGAUGAUGGAUGAUGAUGGAUGACGAUUGAAGACGACGGAAGCAGGAAAAAUCGGCCGAAACGAAGAUGCGACGAGAGCGAGGAGAGAAUGGAAGCACCAAGAGGAGCAGAAGAGCGAAGAAAACCUAACGAAGCAAAGAAAAAAAGAACAAGGCACAGAGAGAGAGAGAGGUCGGAAUAAGGGGGGGGGAAUAGACUCUCUCUCUCUCUCUCUCUCUCUCUCUCUCUCUCUCUCUCUCUCACUCUCACUCUCUCUCUCUCUCUCUCUCUCUCUCUCUCUCUCUCUCUCUCUGUGUCUGACUGAUAAAGGGAAGGAGACGGA